UGUAGAAUACUUGAGUUCACUGCUCCGCAGGACGGAGACGCCCUUAUUAAUCACGUGUUCAAAACUAUUCAUCUUCACGGACAAGACGCGUGCCGGGUGGCGUGUUACCUUGACAACAACUGCUUGUCUUACAACUUUGGCCGACACGAUCCCGAUGGAGAUUUCGUUUGCCAAUUAAGCGACUCUGACCACAUACAACACCCUGGUGAUCUGAAAAAGAGCAGGGGUUUUAUUUACAGAGGAACCAAGGUAUACUAAACUGUCUUAAAAUUAGCUGCCUUCGCACGCCGACCGAAAAAAAAACGGUGCUUUUGAUUACAAAUGGUUUAAGGCACACUAUUCUUUGUUAAGAUUAGCCUGAAUUAGUACCUGUCUUUGCAGACUAACCCCUGCCAUUGGCUGGUGAUUAGGCCAGCAACGUCCAGUGGCGGCUCAAAGUUGCUUCUAUAGUAAAGAGCGCUAGGGUAUGCAGCUAGAAAAAAAUCUAAGUGUCUAAGGGUCCUUCAUGAGAAACUAUUUCCUUUAUUCUCAAUUGAGUAGUGGGUUCGGUUGCUUGUAAUUCUCGAAGAAAAUAAUUAAAUUGAUUGAGUCAUUGAGGCUGAGUCUCUAUACCUUUAUGUACUCUACAAGAACAAAAUAGCAAAACGUAUUGGUCAAUAUGGAAAGAAUUACAUGUCAGGGUCGGCCAGGGGUUUUGGGUAUACGGUAUACAGGGGCUUUUUAAAUCGGGUAUACGGUAUAUUGCAGCUUAAAUACGGGUAUUCGGUAUAUCACUUUCAGGUAUAAAGUAUACCUGGGUAUAAUUUUGGGUAUAUUUGGGCAUUUGGCGAAUUUUUUUCGGGUAUACUGGUAUACCACUACCCGCCCUGGCCGACCCUGACAUGUUAACUGAAUUACCCUUUAUGAAACCAUCAUCUUGUAACGGUAUCGACCGUUUUAUAUUACAGGUUUCAACAAAAUUUGUCUAGCUUCUAAAGAAAAUAGGUUCUCUGAUAACACAAUUCUCUAGGUGUUUUUCCAUCAUUUAAAUUACUCGUCCUGUUUUGGAUUUGGGCGUCUUCUAAUAAACUUAAAUUACUGACAUGACUUUCUACCACUAAUAUUAUAUUUCUGCAGAAUGCCUGCGCUAAGAAUCAUUGCUCCCAACAUGGCAAGUGCAAGAUUGAACCCAAAGAUAACACCUACUACUGCAAAUGUGACCACGGCUUUGUAGGAAAGUAUUGCGAUGAA